AUGAAAAAGAAAAUAACAGAAACAAGUUCUAUCAUGUUUUCUUCACCAAAAAAUCAACAAUCAAAACAAUACAUAAACGAAAAUGUUUGGGAUGAUCAAUAUUUAAUUGAUGUUUAUGAAAAAUCAAUAAAUCAAUAUAUUGAAGCCCAUAAUGAAAAAAAUAAAAAGAAUAGGAAUAAAAAUAAAGAAAUAAAUAAUGUGGAAGAUGACAUUAGCAAUAAUAAUAAUAAUAAUAAUAGCAACAACAAAACUAUUGACAAUAAUAAAAAUAAAAUCGGAAGCAAAAAUAAUAUCAACAACAAUUCUACCACCACUAAUACUAAUAAGAACAAGAUCAACAAACAAAAGCAGCAACAACAAAAUAAUUUAGAUAAAGAAACAGAUACUAAAGAUGAUUAUAAUAGUGGGGAUUAUUAUAAUGAAUAUGAAGAUGACAAUGGAGAGGAUAAUGAUUAUCAAGAAAGAAAAGGAUACUACCAAAGCAAUAAAGACCAUGAUUAUUAUCAUAAUGGAGAAAAUAAUUACCAAAAUCAAUACAAUCCAAACUAUUUUUACCAAAGUCAACAUUAUCAACAACAACAACCACCACAAAACUUUAAUAAUCAAUAUCAACCUCACCAUCACCAUCACCACCACCAACAAUACCCAAACCAUCAUUCAUAUAACUACAAUAGGGAACAAUAUCAAAAUCCAUACAGCCAACCACCACCAACACCAACAAAUUAUCCACCAAUGCAAACAAAUUUUCAACCACCUCCAAUGCCAACAAUUUUACCACAAGGUGACGACGAGCUUGCUGAUUUACUUUUAAGCUGGUAUUAUAGUGGUUAUUACACAGGUGUUUAUCAAGAAAGAAAGAGGAAUAGUAGAUUAAAUCAAACACCUCAUCCAAAUCAUAUAAAUCACCAUCGAUAUAAUAAUAAUAAUAAUAAUAAUAAUAAUAAUAAUAAUAAUAAUAAUAAUAAUAAUAAUAAUAAUAAUAAUAAUAAUAAUAAUAGUAAUAAUAAUAAUAAUAAUAAUAAUAAUAAUAAUAAUAAUAAAAGUAAUAGUAAUAGUAAUAAUAAAAAAUUACCAAAAUUUACCAAUAUCCCCAAAACCAAAGAAACCAACUAA